AUGCAGAGUGAUAAUUCAGGCGAUGAAAAUUCAAUUCCACAGUCAGUGGGGAUUCAAUCUGGUGACUUAAAUGUUUCUGAAGACUUACUCACCGCUCUCAUUUCAAUGAUCUCUUCCCGAAUUUCUGACGUGCUUUCUCAAAGUUCACAAGCACCAACCCUCAUUGUAUUGCCUAAUUUGAUCAGAGUACCCGCAAUAACGGCGCCAACGCUUUUCCAGGCAAUUUUUAACCCUUUAAGCAGCACAAUGGCCAACCAAAUGAAUUCUACAGAAACGAUGCCCGAUUCACCAAAUGAGAAAGGGAUGGAGCAACAGAGUGGUGAUGAUAGUGGAUUGAGUGCCUCCUCGAAGCUUCCCAUUAACGCUACUGGAAAUUCGAAACGAGUUUCAAGUGAAAGUCGAGUUAGUGAGACUGACCAGCUACCAUCGGACGACAAAGCAGAGCCGUCGUUUAAAUGUCAAUACUGCUCGUAA